AUACACUCGAGGCUCUAUUCACAUUGUAUUCCUAGUUUGUUUACUGUGUGAACGGGAGAAGUGGUGUAAUUUGUGUGAUUCGUGUAGUAGAUACUAUGGUGUUUAAAUUCUCAAAGGUUACGCUGGAAGCGCUUGUGAAAGGGACAGUGUUAGUUAUCUGAUAACCCAGUAAGUUAAUUUCCCACAUGGCUCGGUGUCAAUGUGACCAAAAUUCACAGAAGGCAGAGGGAAGGCGGUAAACGUGUGUUAACGAGGACUUAAGCAGUGCUCCCGGGUCGGAGGGCAAAGGCGACCCUUACCACUCCUGGCUAACACGCCCCCUGGCCUCCCCCCCCCCUCCACACACGUCCACGGGAGGUGAGGGAGGGAGGCGUUGCCGCCACGGUCACGAUUUCCAAGUGAAAUUUAUCUCUUUAAAAAGGAAAUAGAAAAUACAGUGACGCUAGUUGCAAACAAAAUUUCUUGAACAUAUUCGUAAGGCAGAUAUGAGUGUCUGUGCGUUAACGCAAAUGUUGAACAUUUUCCCCAAGUGAAACCUUAUCGAUUUAAGAUGGAAAUGUCAAGUAUCUUCACUAUUACGCCGCUAUGAGUUAGCUUUACUAAUAUCUGCAGGCACAUUCACAACUACUACACUGUGCUGUGUUGGCUAGUGAGUGUAAUACAAGACUUGGUUGUCAUCCGCAACAAUAGAAUCGGUGCAAGAUAAACUUUUACCUAAUACAGAUAAAUUUAUAUCUUUGUCAGGAGUAAGUACAGACAACACCAUGUUUCCAGGAGGGAUGCUGAGACUGAGGUGGGUGAUGCUUCUUCCCUGCCUCCUACUGGUCUCUGUUCCCUUCAGCGCCACUUUCAGGGUAGCGAGUCCGUGGGGGUGGCGGUGCGUGAACGAGACGUGUGUGAAGGAGGAGAAUGACGGCCUCCAGACCCUGCCUCACCUUAGUACCUGCAAACUUACCUGUGCCCGGGACGGCGUCUUGUGGCCACGACCUACAGGCAUCUUGCAACUCGGGGACCAGACGGUACACUUCCUGCUGGAGUCGCUGACGCUGCAAGGAGUGACAGCUCCUAACGACGAGAUUAAGCAGCUGAUCAAGAAGGCUUUUCAUAUCUUUAAAGACCACGUGGCUAAGAACCUACCAGAAGAAGGAGGCCGACCUCUUCUCAUGGGACCAUUUAGAAAGAAGACGAGGAUUCAUCGGGUGAUGGUGGAGGUGACGGUGACUGAGAGAGCCACCAGACUCUCCCUGGAAACCUCCGAGGCUUACACCCUAGGCGUCACCACCCUUGGCCCUCACACCAACGCCACUAUCCUGGCCUCUAACUUCUUCGGCGCUCGCCACGCCCUCGAGACCCUCUCUCAGCUGAUCGAGUACGACGAAGCCACAGGCGCCCUCCAAAUAUUGUCGACGGCGGCCAUCAGCGACUCCCCUGUGUUCAAGUACCGCGGGAUACUACUAGACACGUCCCGCAACUUCUUCCCGGUGAAAGCUAUCGAGAGGACACUAGACACCAUGGCAGCCAACAAACUCAACACAUUCCACUGGCACAUCACCGACACCCAGACCUUCCCUCUCUACCUGGAGAGUCUACCCAACAUGGCCUACUACGGCGCCUACUCCUCCCGUAAGGUGUACUACCCAGCCGACAUCAGGCACCUGGUAGAGUACGGUCGGGUGCGGGGCGUCCGUGUGCUGCCGGAGUUUGACGCUCCAGCUCAUGUUGGCAACGGGUGGCAGUGGACCAAGAAAUAUGGACUAGGUGAACUAGUCCUCUGUCUCGACAAGCAACCAUGGAAACUGUACUGCUGGGGACGACCUUGUGGCCAGCUCAAUAUCGUCAACAACAACACAUACUUAGUCUUGGGGCAGAUCUACAAGGAAAUGGUCGACCUCUUCAGUCCUCUCGACAUGUUCCACUUCGGAGGAGACGAAGUUAAAAUCAACUGCUGGAACACGACAGAGGAGUUCGUGGCCUACAUGGAGGAGAAUGGCCUUUCGCGAGACCUCCAAACCUUCCAUGAUAUGUGGGCUGACUUCCAGAGAAAAGCGUUAAAGCUUCUGACUUCGGCCAACGGGGGUAAGAACAUCCCAGGCAUCGUGUGGACUUCUUCCCUUACAGAUGAAAAUAUUCUCAAGUACCUGGACCCUCAGCAAUACAUCAUCCAAGUCUGGACCACAGCUGAUGACCCGACGAUCGGUAACCUCCUGAAUAAAGGCUACCGAAUCAUAUUAAGCAACUACGACUCCCUUUAUUUGGAUUGUGGAAAUGCGGACACGUAUCGCAGUGGUGAGAGCUGGUGUGGCCCGUAUAAUCCCUGGCAAACAGUGUAUGACAACAGUCCUGAUAAAAUAGCGACACACUUUACGGGAUCGCCGCAGAGGAACCUUGUCCUAGGAGCCGAGGCACCUCUUUGGAGUGAGUCAGUCGACGUAGGAUCUCUAGAUGCGAAGCUGUGGCCUCGCGGGUCGGCACUGGCUGAGCGCCUGUGGACCAAUCCUCUUACAAACUGGGAAUCCGCAGAGAUCCGCCUAAUCCACCAUCGCCAGCGAAUGGUCACGAGAGGCGUCAGGGCCGAUCGAAUCCAACCCCAAUGGUGCCACCAGAACGAGGGUCUAUGUUAUUUAAAAUAGGCAACAGUGAUGCCGUUAAAACGAAGAUCUGUUACGUGUAAAUAGUGUGCACUGAUGCUACCAGAAGGGUCCUUAUUCUUUUACCAGAUAGAAAAUAUCUCUUAAAGAGGAUUAACGAGUUCGCCAAUAGCAAUUACCAUCAGUUUUACAUGACAGUAUUUAUGGGUGACCUAGGUUACUAAAGCAGGGGCCCUCAGCGUUUCUAACAGCUUAAGGCACCAAAUUAUAAAACUUCUUUACGUCUUGGUUCCAAUGAUUCAAUUCUCAUCUUAAGGACUUGGUGACAGAGUGCGGUAAUCCAUCAGACACUGAAAACUAGGAACCUCUGGAGUUAACUGUGUAAUUUAUUUGUUCUGAUCUAAUUGCCUACAGUGCAAGGUCAUAACUUUGUGUACCAUAGAUUCUGUAUCUUCAGUGUCAGCUAGGUGCUGGGUAUAUGUGAAUGGGGUGUGGGAGUAGUGAAUAUAGCUCUCCUAUCUUGAGGGUUGCUGGGCGGCGUCCAGGACACCCCUAAGUUCACCUGUGUAAGAGUAGGUACCUGAGUGUAGUACUGGCCAUGCUGCCUUCUUGUGUACUGAAAGAUUGAAUAUACACUGUACUGUAAACUCACUGCCCUCACGGGAUCCACUUUCAGUUUUCAUAUAAUGAGAAUUUACUCUGAUGCUAUCAGCUCUCUGACUAAAAAUUAUUUGCUCCACUUAUACAAUUACUAAGAUUGGCUGACUUUGUCUUAAAUACUGUAUGCACUAUCUAGUUAAUUUGCUUUUAAGCCUAUAUUGAUUACACACACACACACACACACACUAUAAUAUA